CGUACUCAAAGUGAAGCAGCCGUAUCUCUUGGAUCCUCUGUGUUUCCACAGCUCUGAGCCAGAGACUGCCCUGUGAACAACAAAACCGUGAUGAAGGCAACAGGAGUCAGAAGGCUAUUCAUGGCAGGAAACCCCAGCAUCCGGUGAGAAAUAAGAAGUACAGGACCACAGGAUGCACCCUGGGUCAGGAGGACGUGAAAAAGCUUCGAGUCUUUGUAACCUUCUCUAUGCCAGAGCUGUGGUGGUGUGACAGCGGCAGUGCAGUCCUCAGCUCCUCUCAGAGCACAGCUUGGUGCCAAGCUCCAGGUUCCAGUGGCUGCUGCUGUCACUGUAGGGGAGUCUAGCCCCUCCCAGAAGGAGACAAACAGAAGAAUGGCCACCUCAACUGGUUUGUUCCUGCUGCUGGGGCUCCUCGGCCAGCCCUGGGCAGGGGCUGCUGCUGAUUCACAGGCUGUGGUGUGCGAGGGGACUGCCUGUUACACAGCCCACUGGGGCAAGCUGAGUGCGGCUGAAGCCCAGCAUCGCUGCAAUGAGAAUGGGGGCAAUCUUGCUACAGUGAAGAGUGAAGAGGAGGCCCGGCAUGUCCAGCAAGCUCUGGCUCAGCUUCUGAAGACCAAGGCACCCUUGGAAGCGAAGAUGGGCAAAUUCUGGAUCGGGCUCCAGCGAGAGAAGGGCAAGUGUACGUUCAAUGAUUUGCCAAUGAAAGGCUUCAGCUGGGUGGGUGGUGGAGAGGACACAGCUUAUUCAAACUGGUACAAAUCGGGCAAGAGCUCCUGUAUCUCUAAACGCUGCGUGUCCCUGAUACUGGACCUGUCCUUGACACCUCACCCCAGCCAUCUGCCCAAGUGGCAUGAGAGCCCCUGUGGGACCCCAGAAUCCCCAGGUAACAGCAUUGAAGGUUACCUGUGCAAGUUCAACUUCAAAGGCAUGUGCAGUCCACUGGCUCUGGGUGGUCCCGGGCGGGUGACCUAUACCACCCCUUUCCAGGCCACCACCUCCUCUCUGGAGGCUGUUCCUUUUGCCUCUGUAGCCAAUGUAGCUUGUGGGGUUGAAGCUAAGAAUAAGACCCAUUAUUUCUUAUGCAAUGAAAAGACUCCAGGAAUAUUCCACUGGGGCAGCUCAGGCCCUCUCUGUGUCAGCCCCAAGUUUGGUUGCAGUUUCAACAAUGGGGGCUGUCAGCAGGAUUGCUUCGAAGGUGGGGAUGGCUCCUUCCGCUGUGGCUGCCGGCCUGGAUUUCGGCUGCUGGAUGACCUAGUAACUUGUGCCUCCCGGAACCCCUGCAGCUCAAACCCAUGCACGGGAGGUGGCAUGUGUCAUUCUAUACCACUCAGCGAAAACUACACAUGCCAUUGUCCCAGAGGCUACCAGCUAGACUCUAGCCAAGUGCACUGUGUGGACAUAGACGAGUGCCAGGACUCCCCCUGUGCCCAGGAAUGCAUCAACACUCCAGGGGGCUUCCAUUGUGAAUGUUGGGUGGGCUACCAAUCCAGUGGCCCCAAGGAAGAGGCCUGUGAGGAUGUGGAUGAGUGUGCCGCUGCCUAUCCACCCUGUGCCCAGGGCUGCACUAACACUGAUGGCUCUUUCUACUGCUCCUGUAAAGAGGGCUAUAUCGUGUCUGGGGAAGACAGUACCCAGUGUGAGGAUAUAGAUGAGUGUUCGGACGCAAGGGGCAGUCCAUGUGAUACCCUGUGCUUCAACACAGAUGGUUCCUUCAAGUGUGGCUGCCCAUCAGGCUGGGAGCUGGCUCCCAAUGGGGUCUCGUGUACCAGGGGCACUGUGUCUUCAGAGUUACCAGUCAGGCCUCCCCAAAAGGAAGACAAAGGUGACAGAAAGGAGAGUACUGUGCCUCCUACUGAAAUGCCCAGUUUUCCCAGUGGCUCUAAGGAUGUCUCCAAUCGAGCACAGACAACAGGUCUCUCCAUCCAGUCGGAUAUUCCCACUGCCUCUGUCCCACUAGAAAUAGCACUCCCUAGUGAUGUAUCUGAUGUCUGGUUGGAGUUGGACACAUACCUCCCCACCACCUCUGGCCACAGCAAGCCGACACCUGAAGAUUCUGUCUCCGCACACAGUGACAGUGACACCGAUGGGCAGAAGCUGCUUCUGUUUUACCUCCUGGGAACGGUGGUGGCCAUCUCACUCUUGCUGGCUCUGGCCUUAGGGCUGCUCUUUUAUCGUAAACGGAGAGCCAAGAAGGAGGAGAUAAAGGAGAAGAAGCCCCAGAAUGCAGCUGACAGCUAUUCCUGGGUUCCAGAGAGAGCAGAAAGCCGAGCCCCGGAGAAUCAGUACAGCCCAACACCUGGGACAGACUGCUGAAGACAAUGUGGCCUUAGAAACAUAGCCAGCUGCCAUUACCUUCAGAGCUACCUUCUUAGAUGAGGGGGAAGCCACACCAUUGUGAAAAACUGGAUUGGACAGCAAAAAUUGUGCAUCUUCCCCUUAAGAACCUGGUGACUUGGGAUGGGCAGCUAUUUUCCUGGUGCCUUUGGUAUGCCUGGGGGUGAAAGCUGUGUGUUGGUUUGUCAUUGUGGGGAGUUUUGUGGAUAUUGACAGGCCUCACUCACACACCACUUUCAAAUCCAAAAGCAACUGGUUGGCCUGGUUGCUAAUCAGGGCAAAAGGAGUUGGAGGGGUGGGACAGGUUGGGGAGGGGGCUUCAAAGUCUUUUCUUAUCUCUAUUUAUCAGAGAAGGAGCUACUGGUGCUAAUUACAAAGGAAACAAUUCCUUUCCUUCACAGGAUAGAAAGCAAAACCAAUCAGCUAACUUAACUAGAUGAGAAUGCUCUACCCUUCCUAUAGGGACUUUUUCCAGGAUGGUUGCCUUUGUGUACAUUUGCCUUCUGGCAUUUCCCCUCCAUAUCCCUCCUCCACCCCCUGAGUAUUGUUGAAACUGUCAGAAUGAGAGGAAGUUUAACCAACUGUUUAGGGAGCAAGCAGAUAGGAAGUUUAGACUUUGUAUCCCCUCACUCAGAAUUUUCUGAUAGCCUUGGGUUUGUGGGCAAGUAAAGUUGCAAGCUGGAAAGUUACUUCAGGCAAGUCUUGGUAAAAGCAUAGUCCAGAGGGAGACAGGCAAGGAUUGAUCUAACAGCUAUUUGAAUGGAAGUAUCUGAAUGGACUGAUCCUAACACACACUUGACUAUUGAGGAACAAUGACAAAACCCCAAGAUCAAUUUGUCUUUGAGCUAGCACAGGCCCCAAGCCCACUGCAGAGCAUCUUGUCACUCUUUACACCAUCUCUAACUGGGAAGCUGGGACUGUAGGCUCAGGAUGCUUUCAUCUGAAUGCAAGGAGAGGAGUCAGGUGAUGGGCUCUGUUUUAAAUACUCCCAUUGAAAUGUAGCUUAGCCCUCUUCACAGUUAAAAGUACAUCUGGAGGACUCCUGCUCUAUUUUGUGAGCGUGACACAUACCGAAUCAAAGAUUAGUCAUGAAGAAAGUUCUCUUUUUUGUUAUUUUGGGGUUUUUAUGCUUAAAAAUGGAGAUACAGGGGAAAGGGAAAUGGGAAGAAAAAACAGCUAACAAGUUUCCAACCGUUAAAACUGCUUAGAGCCACCCUACGAUUGACAAGUUUAUUUCAAAGUGUCCAUUUGUAAAAGUGUCCCUUAAACUUGCAGCGAGUAAUGGUGGUGCAGCUGCACAGGUCUGUCUGGGACCUGGAGGGCAGCACUGGUGAGUCACUUCAGUGUCUCUGGCAGGUCCUGUCUCAGCUGUCUGCUAUCUGAAAGACUGAGACUUGGAAUGUGUCUCCAUCAUGAGCUAGCAUCAGAGUCUUUGUUCUCAGACUAGAGUGUCCUUUUUGUUUCUACUGUCAAAAGCAAUGAUCCCUCAAGUUAGUAUUCAGGAAGUGAAGAUUAGUAACAACCAGAUUCAAGGCCCUUGGAAAUAUCUUAGGGAAAUAUCCUUUUCUUUGGGGGGGGGUCAAUUUAAAAUGGAGAUAUUUUUAUUCAUCAGUCUUUCUUUCUCUCUUUGAAAACCCACGGUGGAGAGUAAUGGGGAAAAGAUUGAGUUCAGUGGGGUGCCUGAAACGUGUGCAUUUAAAAAUCAACUCACCAUCUGGCUUUCAGCUGAAAUUUGGGUGUUUCGAACUUGAUCCCUGGCAAUAAUUGAGAUUGGCAGCUAAUCCAUUACAAGGAAACCAGUACCAGCCAUUCAGAUGAGUUUAGAUCCAUGGCAGUGUCUGCAUACAUGGACAUGAACCUGAGUGCAUCCCCUUUACCUCCAGGCCUUCAACUACUCACCUUAUGGCUUGACGUGAGGAAGAUAACUGAGUCUAGGCUCCCCACAGCCUUGCUUGGCCUCCUCUCAGGCUGCUGUGUAGGACUUAAACUGACCAGGAUGACGUAGGGAGUAGAUGUGAAGCUCCAUUUCCAACACUCCAGGGGUACAGCAUCCACUCUGUGGGACCCACAACAGGGAAGGGCAUGAUGAGGAACAUAUUUUCUCAAAGUGUGCUUUCAGCAUGGACCCCUCGCAUGGAGGCAGAGCUCCCUCACCUACUGACCUGCCAAAGCCUUCAGCAGAACCAUGCCUCAUGUGGCAAAGCCAACGGAGCCACUCCCUGUUCCUAAAUGGGUGCUUUAUUCUCACAUAUAUUCUUGCCCUCCUCAUGCUUGGGACUCGAAAAUUCUGAGUUAGGCCAUCUAAGAGGCCAAGCAAUAAAUAAGUGAACUUCCACUGGACCAACAGUGUUAGGCUAUGCCUUCCCUACUCAAAAAGUCAGUGAGCCAGAGACACUCUUCUGCCUGUGAGGACCAGAGAAAGCGCUUCUUGGCAACAGAAUUUCCUUAAGUUCAAACCUGGAAAAACUGUAUUUUGGAGGGGCAUACCUUCAGGCCUUCAGCCUUCUUAUUACUGAAUUGCAGGUGGCUAUCAUUGCCUUUUGUAUUUCAUGUGGUUCUGUUGAUGGAAGCCAGUGCCUAAGUAUGUUAGACACUAGCUUUCCAGGACCCCUAUACCCCUGGUACCUCGCAUUAUUUUUGUUCAUUAUUAAAGAUAGAUGAAGCAAUACCACCCCACCCCCAGUAAUUUGAGGAGUUAAAAAAAAAAACAAACUACUCAAAAAGAAAUGCCUCAGGAGGGAGCACUUAACACUAUUUGCAAAGGAAGUCUAGUCCUAAUAUUCCCUGAUGUCUAGCAUGGCUUUGAUGAAAACCCAAAUGUAUGCACUUUCUGGCUGUGGAGACCCACUCAUCAUCAUUAUUACCAUCACCACCACCACCACCAUCAUCAUGGUCACUGUCAUCACCACCUCGUGGUGCAGUGUAUCCUCGUGGUGUUUAAUUAAUGACGGUAACUGGACGAAUCCCACCUGGGUCUGACUGAGGGCAAAAAGGCCAGAAAGAAGAGGAGCAGACAGAAGAUAAGCAGGCUGCUUUCCUUCAGCUUCUUACCCAGGGAAAACCCAGCAAGCUUCUGGGAGAGUCUAUCCUGAUGCCUUCCCCAGAGCACUGAAAAAUGUGGAAUAAAACGCAAAUACUUCUGAGUACAUGUUCAUUGUGCAGGGCAAGCUGCCUAGGAAGAAUUCUUUUUCUCCUUCAGAAGUUUUCCUCCUCUUUGAGUUCCUAACCAUGAGCCCUUGUGCGGACUGUUAUCACCAACCAAACUGUCAAUAGGUGGAUAGGAUCAUUAGGUCGUUUUGUUCCGCCCCUCUUUUCCCAUAAAUAUUUCUGGUCAAACUAAAGGAGCAGAGAUGAAAUUUGACCAAAAAAGGGGGAAAAAAGGUUACUCUGUUCAAAAUAACAUAUUUUUGAAAGCAAAUAUAGGAAAACCUUUUCCUAUUAUUUUUCUUCUUAGCUUCCCCAUUGUCUGAAUUAGGAAAACAGGAAAGCAUUGCUUUCUAGCACCUGCAAAAUGGUUUAAUGCCCCUGCAUAUUUCCAUGUCCUUUAACAAUAGAUUUAGCAUGGGAAUCUGAAAUAGAAAUCCUGAAAACAUCUGUCCCUUCCCCCACUCCUAAACCUAGGUUUUGAUUAUGUGUGAUUCAUGAAACCUAUCAACCAAAACGGGGGACAGACACACCUUAAUCCUUCAUGGAGUCAACAACUAUAUACCCCACGAUGACCCCUAACUCGAGGGCUUGUUGAGAACUGCAUCAUGUUUGGACAUGUUCUUGACAGUACCCAUCUAUUUCAGGUGGGGACCCUGGAUGGUUCAUCCUUCCCAUCUUACGUGCAUUGUGGCAAGUGGCUCCUUUCCACAUUUUUACUCCACCCCCUCUCCAAGCUGAAGUUCGUUUGCAGAUCAGGGGUUAAGCCUGAAUUGUGUGGUGGUCAGUCUUGUUUCCUGUUUUCAGGGGUUAUUGUAAAUGUUAGUAAUCUCACCCCAAGCCCUCAGUAAGAACAUAAAUAUUUAAAAAUA